ACUCAACAAGUGAAGGGAAAAAAGUUUUCAUUAAAGAAAGGGGAAAAGAUACAAAAAGGUUUGACAAAUGGACCAAUGACUGAUUUUGCUCAAAUUCUUUCAUGAAAAAUAAAUCUGAAGUCAGACACAACACCCAGAACUACAUCCAGAACUACAUUUACUAUACAUGUUACUCCUAACGAAACAAAACCUGCCAACAGAAACAGUCGUCACAAGAAGAGCAACUGGAGGAAUAUCACCGAGUUUCUCAUGUAAAAACUUGCAGAAUAGAAUUUAUGAAUCAUUUCGUAAAUCUCCUUUUCUUCCUUCCACUUCUCCCAUUAGGGUCUCUACAGUGACUCCUCCGUCUCCAGACCCCCCUGUACUCCACAUCUGCCUUUCAAACCAUCUACCUGCAUGUUUUCCCUCACCACUUCCAUAAACCUCCUCCAUGAUCUUCCUCUUAACAGUUACUAAUCCAUAAGGUCAGUUACGUCAUCAACAUGCGACCAAAAACCUGUAAAUAUCCCACGGUCACUUUAGGUCACUAAUGUGGUAUUUGGGACGCAGUCGAUCUGAGACUCAGAAACUCGGAUUAGCCCUAACCGCGUCCCAACCCGCUCACCCCGCCGGGACACGCCGCCUCAGAGCCCGCUCACCCCGCCAGGACACGCCGCCUCACAGACCGCUCACCCCGCCGGGACACGCCGCCUCACAGCCCGCUCACCCCGCCGGGACACGCCGCCUCACAGCCCGCUCACCCCGCGGGGACACGCCGCCUCACAGCCCGCACUCACAGCUCGGACACGCCGCCUCACAGCCCGCACUCACAGCUCGGACACGCCGCCUCACAGCCCGCACUCACAGCUCGGACACGCCGCCUCACAGCCCGGACACGCCGCCUCACCCCGCCGGGACACGCCGCCUCACAGCCCGCUCAUACCGCCCGGACACGCCGCCUCACAGCCCGCUCAUACCGCCAGCUCCCGGGCCUCAAAGUCCCAUAAACAAACGUCGGGUUUAAAAUGUAAUAAAUUUCAGCGCGACGCAAACACACGGGGAAUAAACAUUACUAUAAUAAAGUGUACUGUGAGUUUAGUGUUUAUUUAACACGGGAUUGGAGCAGAUUGUCUUCAUAAACCCGCGCUGAGAAUCAGAACAGAACCUACCAUCUUGAGGGCGAACGGAAAAAGGAAGAGGAAACUGAAGUCUCGCGAGUUAAUACGAGAUUUCAGUCACAGCGCCACCUGCCGGACCGGAAGUGUGAGGCGUCUUCGUCCGGUCCUGCGUACAUUCAUUUUUAUGUGUACAUUCUAAUGAUACUGUUGAUGGUGAACUGUGGUUUGUUUUUUUUCCCGGCAACAACAAUAACAGAACAAUCAGCUGAUAUUAAAUACAGUAUCACUAUUCUAGCAGCUGGGACGCUUUUCAGGAGAAUCAAGUCACGAAGGUACCAGGAUGUGUCCUGAUGUGGAAGGAUGUGUCCUGAUGUGUCCUGAUGUGGAAGGAUGUGUCCUGAUGUGUCCUGAUGUGUCCUGAUGUGGAAGGAUGUAGUGCUGAGUGUUGUGUGUGAAUGAGUAUAAAAAGAUUUCAGCUCCAGACCUUUUCUUUAGUUUUAUUAAAAUAAUUUAUUGUGAUCUUAUUGUCUAAAACCCUUUAAAAACCUUAUCCGUAACUCUUUCCCCUUAAUGACUCAACAUUUAUUUUUACUUUCUUAUUUUGUUGUCACUGUCUACUAUUUUUAUUUGUUGACUGAUGUGUUAUUGAUUGUAAACUGUAAACAAACAAACAAAUAAACAAACCUUGUAAUGAG